AAUAAAUAAAAGGUUAGUGGUCCCUAUUAGAAGGCUGGUCAGGCCUGCACGUACUGCACCAUCCCCAAUUUGAAGGCUGGUCAGGUCUGCACUUAUUGCCCCUCCCGUUCAGAGGCUGGUCAGGUUUGCACUUACUAGUCCCCUGGAGGCUGUCCUUGUCUGCAGUUUCUGCCCCCUCCCCUUUUAUGAUGCCGGUCACAUUUACACGUAGCUCAAAACUGCUUUCCUGGGACGUGGGGGAGAGCAGCGAAGGUAGUCAACAAUUCCCGCAAUUUUUCUGAGUGACCUGCACUGCGACUAAUGUAACUGUGUGUCGUUAGAGGGAAGGAAAUAGAACUUCCUAUUGUCAGACCACAGCCUCGCAGAGCUCGGACGACGUGGAUGCACCUACACCCUGCUGAGAGCUUGCAGACAGCAGCGCGUCUUGGAAACCGGAGCCCCCGGGAUGUUAGAUUAAAGAGAAGUAAUUUGUAACUGCCGAAGUGCUAGCAUUUCCAUAAGACUAAGGAAUAAUGCAGCUGGAAGUUCCAGAAGCAUGCAAUGAGGUCACCAUAAGAAGUAAAAAAAUUUCACUUAUUUCAUCAGUCAGAGCCGCAGUGCAAAUUAGACGCCGUUAUCGUAUUUUGAAGACAAAGUGUCGCCCCUUGGAUAGUGCCAGGAAGGAGGAUGCAGACCAGACAAAAGCUCCAGGCAUCAGCAGUCAAAAUUCUGAGGUAAUAGAAGAUGAGAGGUAUGUUAGAGGGACAGCUCAAUAUUUCACAUUUGAUGAGACAUUAGACAAAACUCACCUAAAGUACAAAAGACGUAAGAAACAUCGGAAAUCUAAAAUUCUCUUUCCUGCAAAGACAAGGAAAUUUUUCCCAGCUAAAGAGAAAAGCCACGCAAAGACAUGCCUUUUUUUGCUAUGUGCCAUUGUGUUUCUUCAGAUCUUUAAUGCCAUUGAAAAUCUGGAUGACAACCUGCAAAAAUAUGAUUUGGAUGGACUUGAAAAAACUAUCAGGAGAGAGGUUUAUGGACAGGUAUUUGCCAUAGAAACCACCAUAGAAGUUCUGAGGAAUUAUCUUUCUACUCAUAUUCAUAACAGACCACUCUUAUUAUCUUUUAAUGGACCCACUGGAGUUGGGAAAAGCCAUGUAGGGCGAUUGUUAGCAAAACAUUUCCGUUCAGCCAUGGAAAGUGAGAAUGUUUUACAGUAUUAUGUUUCGCAUCAAUGUCCAGAAGUAAAGGACACUUCAGAAUGCCAAGAAGAGGUAUCGGGCAUGAUUUCUGAGUUGGUCGCUAAAGCAGAAUUAGAAGAAAAAAUUGCCAUCUUCAUUUUUGAUGAUGUUGAGUCCAUGCCUGUGAGUUUUCUGGAUAUGCUGGAUGGUUACUUUCUACGUACCCAGAACAGUGAAUUUAACAAUGCCAUCUAUAUUCUUAUUAGCAGUAUUGAUCAGGAUGAGGUCACCAAAUUUGUUCUCCAGAACACCUCCAGGGAAGCUGUGAACCACAACAAGGUAUUGCCAGAACUUGUUGAUAACCUUCGUGCUUCAUUGAUAGAGUAUCAUCCUCUCUGGAAGCAUGCUGAGAUAGUUCCAUUCACAUUGCUGGAAAAGGCUCAUGUUGUGAACUGCUUCAUCGAUGAAAUGGAAGAAGAAGGUUUCUAUCCAGAUCCAAACCGCAUAGAGAGACUAGCAUCUCAGUAAUACUACAGUGUUGGGGACAGGAAAUAUUCUGUUAAUGGGUGCAAACCAGUUGUUACAACAGUUAAUUUGUUGUAGGAGCCAGCAUAUCUAUAUAGCAUAUAUAUAUGUAUCUUAUAUGAUGAAACUGAUGCUUCAUCCUGCAGUGGAAAAAAGGAUGUUAUUGUAGUUUGCAUUGGCUUUGGACACGCCAGCAAUGUUCAACAGCAGUGCGUUGCUGUGUAUUUACAAGACAUUUGAGUAACACGUCCUUUUCUUUUCAUUAUGGAUUUAGGAAAAAUGGAUGUAUCGAUUUUAAUGUUGUUUCUCAAUGGCUGUAAUAAAUAGAAAGUGUUCUAAAAUGA